UUGCUUUGUCUGGAAGCAGCAGCCUAGAAGAUGUCUUCAGUUCCUAUGAAAUGCAGGCAGUACCACUUUGUAUGGACACUACCUUGCCUCCAGGGGACGACAUUCAAAGACAAUGUUAUAUAGAGUCUUCACUUCCGAAACCACCUACAGAGGAGUGCACUGGGAGCCACCACGCACCUUUCCAGUUCAACCGUCAUGCUCUGUCCAGAAUCUCCACUUCUCCAACAUUAAGGCGUCUAAGAAUGGCCUCUGCCUCACAAGCACUGUCACUUCAGGACUGUUCUGACAUGGGGAAUCAAAAGGAAUACACUGGCUCUCUCCACCACAUUUGUAAGAGUCCACCUCGGUGCAUUACAAUUUCCUCAUUGCCGUUGCCUUCUUGCGUCCAUGCAAAAUUAUUGUCUUCCAAAGCCAAGUCCGAAUCAACUACACCAGCUCCAGAGUCUGACGUACCCAAAUCAAAGCUUCCAAGCCAAGAAGAUCCUUUCAGCUAUGGUAGUCCCAAUGAGCCACCCAGAAACUCUUGGAGAGCCAACUCUUCUACGCUGCCUAGGAGACUCCCCCGUCCAAGCCCUACACCAUGGACGGGUGUCCAGGUAAGAAAAAUAGGAGGAUGCAACCUCUUUUUCAGUCUAUCAUAUUUAGUAUCAGCCGAGCGCAGGCGUAGCUCCCUGGUAGUGAGUCUGCCGGGACUCAAGGUGUUCCCUGGAGACCUCCUGGUGUCAGACAGUGCCAUGGACUACCUGCCUUACUCACCCUUCCUGCUAAGUGCAGAGUCCAAAAAGUCAAGGUGGCCAUUUGUCAAAAGAGGAGUUGGUAAAGAAAAACAGAAGCAAGCAUCUGAUCUGGAAAAUUGUCUUUCAACUGUUAAGAUCGUAGACUGCUGCACAUAUGAAUUUUUCUGCUUUAAGAGUAAAUCUUGGCAUGAAUUUAUAAAUGGACAACAGACUGAGCAGAAAGAUGUCGACAGCCGGUUAGAAGUGAAAAAAGAAGCAGCAGUGUGGGAACUUUUCACAAGUGAAUGCACUUACUUUCUGGAUCAUUUGUUGGUUCUCAAGAUGAUAUUUAUGAACACCCUAAGAUACCUCCAGAGUAAUGAAUUUCUCUUGGAUGUGGAUUUGUGGAGACUUUUUGCAAACUUAGAGGAGUUAAACAAGAUAAGUCUCAGUUUUCUGAAAACUUUUUUUCAAACUGUGAAGGAGCAUAUCAGCAAGUCAGAGUCUCCCUUGGAUUUCAGCUCCGUACUCAGAACGUUUUUCCAGGGUGACCUCUGCCAGACACACCAGAUUUAUUGCCUUAAUUAUACUUCUGCUGUCUUCUACUUGGAAAAACUGAGACUGAGAGAAGAUUUUGGCAUCUACCUGAAAUGGUGUGAACAAAAUGAACAGUGCAAGAGGUUGCAUUUGCCAGAGCUGCUGGUCGCUCCUCUGCAUCGACUGACGCGCUAUCCUCUCCUCCUUAACAACAUCUGGAAGAGGAGCACUGAUGAAACAGAGAAAGGUCUUAUCCAGUCACUUAAGGAGAAAGUGGAGAAGUCCAUAUGGGACCUGGAAGGUAAAGUCAAGUGGUUGGACAACUUUCAGAAGUUCAGGCAGCUGCAAGAGGUCAUAAUUUGGCCUCAGGUCUGGGAUCGUGACAAAAGGUUCUUUGUCCCAGAGUGUUUGAAGCAAAGCUUAAGAGAAAACAGCAGUGAAAACAUUUUGUCUUCAGCGAACAGACGUCUCCUUCAUGAAGGGAGGCUGAUGUUAGCAGAAAGCACAAGACUCCUUGAUGUCUACCUCUUCCUAUUUGAUGAUUUCCUACUAAUUACCAAAACUAAACGUAACAAAAAGAAAUAUGGGGGCUCAGACACCAGCUUAAUCUCUGUCUGUCCUUCCCUCACUCCUGAGCUGCAGUCCUUCAUAAGAGAGGGUGGAUUUUGCACAGUCCUGGACCAGCCCAUCCCACUAGACAGACUGAUACUGAAAAACAUUGAACCUGUCCAAGUUACAGUCUUCAGCCUGAGAAAUGCUUUCCUAAUACAGCAUGAAAACAGGUAUCGGCAGUGUAUAGCGGUCUUCUUGCUACAAGCUCCAACAGAGACUGCCAAGAAAACAUGGAAGUCACAGAUAGAAAUGGCAAUUGCUAAUUACACCACAAGACAUGAAACCAAGAAAAGCACUGAGUUCUGCUUCCCAGUUGAAUCCUCUGAAAUUUAAUAAUGCCAGCACUGCAUUGACACAGCUAGUGGAAGAUUGCUGUGGUGAUAACACAGUUAUCUCUUCCAGAAUGCCUUAAGUUUCUGAAACUAAUAGAUUUCUGACUUGACUAGACAAAAGUGAGCAGUUCGGACCAUGCCAUGUAGGAAUAAAUUGGAGGGGGAGAAUGAGCCAUGAAACAAAUUUAUGGCUCCUAGAAGCUCUUUUGCUUCAUUUAGGGAAGACUGUGUCCAUCCAGGGAAGCUUUAAUACAGCUUGUAAUUUCCUAGAAAGCAUGACAGGAAAAAAACCCUGUGUUGGUGAGGAGAAUUAAUUCACCAGAGAAGUCUAGAAGGCUUAUUCCAUCAUUCAAACUGUAUUAAUAAAUUUCAUUAAACUACAAUUGUGUAGCCAUA